AAAAAAGUUCCAGAUUUUGAACUAUUGACUUGAGGAAGAGAUUGCAUUUGGUGUACAAGGUUUUGAGAUUAUAAAUUUCAUUGUUAGUUCUAGUUGUAGGUUUUGGUGAUGAACACCCAAAAAUGCAACAUCUACUUCUACUAAACGCCUUGCUCUUCACCUUUAUUUCAAUCAGCUUCACUUAUCCAUGUAGCUCCUCUAUAGGAUCAGACUGUUGUUCAAAAUCGUGCUGUAGAAGAAGAGACAAUGACUGCAAUUCAAGAUGUCUAAACGAUGAAAGAAAUUGCGUAGAUUGCAGUAGAAGAGACAAUUCGUGUUGUGGCAAUAAGGAGUGCAAUUCAAGAUGUCCAAGAGUUUGUGAAGAUUGCAGUAGAAGAGACGAUUUAUGCUGUGUUAAUGAAAACUGUGAUCCAAAGUGCCCAGAUAAUUGUGAAGAUGAUAAUCCUAGUCCCAAUUAUUCAACUACUCCUAGUCCAAAUUAUCCAACUAUUCCUAAUCCUCCAACAACUCCUUCUGCACCAUAUCCAUAUCCUCCAACAACUCCUUUUGCACCAUAUCCAUCAUAUCCUCCAUGGCCUAUUAUACCACAAUCAAACACCUCACACUAUUCCAACAACACCAGCAUAAACCGCAACAAUAAUACAAUUACAAUACCUACAAACAUAAAUAUACAAAAUGAAGUCAAAAGCGACACUCGCAUAACCAUUCCUGUAAGCAUUAAAGUGGACACAUUUAAUACAAUUAAUAUUAAACAAGAAGAAUUUACAAGAACUAGUAAUACUACUAGUAACAAUAAAUGCGAUAAUAACACAAUUAUUAUUAACGAAAAUACAAAUUGCACCGAACAAGAAGCUGUAACAGUUCCAGUACCCAUAUACCGUCCAAUACCAGUACCAUACAUAAUAACAGUUCCUAGACCACUUCCAGUACCACAAGGUUGUUGCCAAGUUGUAAGUCCGUGUUCUCCAUACAAUUAUGGAGGCUGUCAACGUUCAUCUACUCAAUGUUCUCAAGAUUGUUCAGAGUCUCACGUUUAUCAGCCAAGUGAUGUUUGUGGUACCGGGUGCUACAGGCGCAGUACCGCAAUGGGUGGUUAUUGCGGAUAUGGAGGGUGCUACAGAAGACAGGUGGAUUGUGGUACUUGCGAUAGAAGAUUUUUUGAGGAUUAUGAAAGUUUCGUGAGAUGUUCCGGGUGUUUUGUGCCCAGGCCUUGGGGAACCGGACAAUGAUAGGGAUUAUGUUUUUUAUAUAAAGUUUAUUUAUAUCUUAGUGAGGCUUGAGAUUAUUCAAUAAAUAUAAUGUGAAAUUUA